AUGGCUGAUCAGAGUAACAUCCAGUCUGCUGCUUCCAAAAGCAUCCGGCCAUUCAAAUCCAGCGAGGAAUACCUGUAUGCCAUGAAGGAGGACCUGGCGGAGUGGUUUAACACACUGUAUGAACUGGAUAUAACGGCGGACACCUUUAUGGAAGGGCUGGAGACUGGCUGUGCCCUCUGUCGGCAUGCCAACAACGUGAAUCGCGCAGCGCUGGACUUUCAACUGGAGUGCCCGGAGGCUGCACAGUCAUUGAGGAUGCCAACCAAGGAUGUGGUCUUUCAGUCGAGAAACGUGGUUCCUGGGUCGUUUUUGGCUCGGGACAACGUGUCCAAUUUCAUCGGCUGGUGUCGUCAGGAACUGUGGAUCAAGGAUGUUCUCAUGUUCGAGACCAACGACAUAGUGGAGAAAUGCAACGAGAAGAACUUUGUGCUGUGCCUGCUGGAGGUGGCGAGGCGCGGCGCCAAGUUCGGCAUGCUGGCCCCGAUGCUGAUCCAGCUGGAGGAGGAGAUCGAGGAGGAGAUCCGGGACCAGGAGAACCUGGGGGAGCCCAACCCAAGCCUGCUUCCAAUAAGCAGGGCUUUCGUUAGGAAAGAGAGUGUGGUGGAUAAACCCGAGCCUGCCCCCUAUGCACAUUGGCAACAGAAACAGAGGGUGCUGUGUGACAUGAGAAACUUAGAUGAGUUGGUAAGUAACAAGUCUCAGGUGUAUUGAUUUGCUGAUAUACCUGAAAUUGAGUUUGGGAAAAGGAAAGGAAAAAUUACUGCACAGAAUCCCCUCCUAUAACAUUACAUUUCCAUAAGUGUGCAGUAUGCCUAGCUGUUAAGAGCAUUGAGCCAGUAACCGAAAGGUCGCUGGUUCGAAUCCUGAGCCAACUAGGGGGGGGGGGGGGGAAUCUGUCGACGUGCCCUUGAGCAAGGCACUUAACCCUAAUUGAUCCUGUAAGUAGCUCUGGAUAAGUGUCUGCUAAAUGACUAAAAUCUAAAAUGUAGGAUGCAGACAGUUCUUCAAUACAUUCUCCCAUAUUGACCAAAAAUAAUAAGUUAUCAGAGAAAUCACAUUUCCUAAAACAAACACAUCCCCCGCCCUUGUCCAAGAGAAACACAACUUAAUUGUUGUUUCAUGGUGCAAAAACAACCCAUGGAGCAGUUGAAAGCAGUCCUAACCUAUAGGGAUGCUCUCCCAGAGUUAAAAACAUUACUGUGCCAGAAGUGAGGGCCCUUUUUGAAAACGAAUCUCCCUGAUAUGUUGACUCCUGCUCUCCUGUGUGUGUUUAAGGUGGAUGCUGCCUCACUGAUCUGUGUCUGUGUGUUUGCCUCCUAA